AAGAACGAGAUGCCGGACGACUCGUUGCACUCAAUUAUACCUCAUUUGCUAUCAUUGGCCGCAAAUAACCAGUCGUUUGUCAAUAAGGAGUGCAUCGCAAACAUAAUGGCCUCGUGUUGUCAGACACAACAACAACAAAAUAUUUUAAGUAAUUACGGGUCGAUAGGAAUAAUCGGCAAUUUAUUGGUGAAUAAUGUGUUGAAAGUACAAAUGGCGGCACUCAACUGGUUAUCACAAAUAUGUUACCAAAACGAAACGGUUUCCGCGUUUGCUGUCAACGAGUACUGCGAGGGAAGAGCUCUUCCCGACCUCUUAGUCUUAAUGAUGAGCCAACAGAUGACUAUCGAUAUGCAACUAAUCGCCGCCAAAUGCAUGACUUAUAUAUACCGUUCCGGUGCUCUGAAUAGCGACGAUAAGCGAAUCGUUUACAAGACAUUACCGACUUUGGUCCGCAUGUGUAAGAAAGAUAAGGAGCCGUCGGUUCGGGCGACCGGUGCUGACAUUCUCGCCUAUUUGACUGAAAUCGACACUAUUCUACAGCAAACGGCCAGUAUUUGCGAUCAUCUGAUCCCAACGCUGGCCGAACUCCUGAAGUAUCAAUCGAAUUGCAUAUCACUCUUGGGUUACUCUGACCUCAAUAAUCAACCGAUAACUGCGGCCACAGUGAAGAAGUUGGAACAGGAAGUGAUCACAACGCAAGAGAUAAAACAGGCGGCGUUCAAAGCAUUCGCUUCUUUGGGCGCCAACGAUGAAGACAUAAGAAAAAAGAUUAUUGAAACCGAUUAUAUAAUGGAUCACAUUGUGAGCGUUUGUCGCGUUCUAUACAACAAUUGCGGACAACAUUUCAAGACCACGCCGUUUGGAUUCCCCUAA